GUGUAUACUGUGUACGUUAAUCACUCACAGCAAUAAUGAGGUAAAACACACUCCGCUGACCACCCAUGUGUCAGUGACGUAUAGGGGCGCUCUCUGGAGCCCUAUAUUAAAUAUUAAAGUACCGCUGAUGUGGUAAUUUGUUAGCAUUGCUAAUGGGGUAUUAUUAGAAGCUCAAUCUUAAUUUCUGAUUGGAUCAUCGAAAAAUAGAUGCUCAUUGCAUCAUUCGCAAAGUGACGAAACUGUUUGGAUUUUGUGAUAUCAUGAGCAUCGCUGUUAGACAUCUCUGGAUAAUUAAAUUGUCAACUGGUUCUAAAAAUCCACACAUCUUAUUUAGCAGAUCAUUCCCAACAGUAGAAAAGAAGGCAGCACUGACUUACGGAAAAGCUUAUGUUCCAAUUCCUUCAAACAACAAUUUACUGCCACUAUUGGUGCAGGAGCUUGCACUUGUCUACGCGUCUCAGUUUACACCUAGUAGAGACCAGUGUGACUUACAGUUCCAGAAACCUGUCCACCAGCUGACCACUGAGCAGGGUGUAUUGUGGCCUGUAGUUGCAGCUGAGAAGGCUGGCUUAUUGUAUUGCUGUCUUCCAUUGGUUGAGGAAAAUGUCUUGGAUGUCGAUGAUGUGACAAAAACACCACUGGUCAAUGUCCCUGCCAUAGCUGUAGGGUUUGCAUUUAUUGGAGCCUUGGCAGAAUUUUUAAAAGUUCCAAGUCAAGAGUUGGCCUCUAGGCUUCAGGAGCUGCCAGUGUUUGUUAAUGAAGCAGCUCCAUUUGGGCAACUCAGAGACACAUCAACUGAGAACAUCUGUGCCAGGAUUUUUAACAAACCUUAUUCUGUGUCAAAAUCACUCAAGCUGCCUGCGUGGAGAUCGUCAAGUUACAAAGGCAAACCAAGUCUACAGCUGUCUAUACAUGAGCACAUCAAUGCCUCACAGUGUGCCCAAGAAAUCUGGCAUGACCACUCUCAAGUGUUUGGCUCUGUGGUGUGUAGGGCAGAGUUUGAAGGACCUGGAGCAGACAUUACCCUAAAUCUGUCCCAACAAGGUGACGGCUUCAACGUCCCAUUGGACAUGCUGCUGGUCCAUCCUUGUGUCCAGAGGUCUGACUGGCAGGAUUUAGAAGAAUCCAACUCUGACCCGCGCACCACGCCUAGAAGGAUCAAAUUUUCCCCUCCAGUGGAGCAGUUUACUCUCUGUCACUACACAGUCAGGAGACUGGUGGAGCUGCCUGUCUUUGGGGUCUACCAUUUGAAGCAAGAGGAGACUAAAGCUUCUCUAACUGUACAGCUCAAAUUGAACGACCAGAUCAAAAAUAAUUUUGAGUUUUGUGAACUUAGAAUUCCUUUUUACACAAGGUCGACCAUUCAAAGUCUGGAGGCCACGCCCACCCAAGGUGCUGUCACAGUUUCUUCCAACAAGAGGGAGGUUGUGUGGAACAUAGGCCAGAAGUUUACCAGCAAAGACCAGCAGGCUCUACUGGCAGCAACUGUGGCAUUCAGUGGGCCGGACCAGGGACUUCCUGCUCCAACGGUCGAAGAUGCCUUUUGUAGGGGCCACAACUCUUAUGCCCAGUUACAGUUUAAAAUCGAGGAUUUCACCCACUCUGGCUGCAGCAUAGACAACAAAUCUGUUCAGGUGUCUCCCUCAUCCAAGUACAAACUCACUAUCAGCCGUGAUUACACAUCCAUUGAUUACAAAAUCUGGAAUUCAAGCGGUGAAGCGCUGACCACAAUGUGAGAUGGGACUAACUCUUUGGUCUCUGAGAGAGUAGCAGCCCUUGUCACAGAGUAGCAGCCCUUGUCACAGAGUAGCAAACCUUGUCACAGAGUUGAAGCCCUUGUCACAGAGUUGCAGCCCUUGUCACAGAGUAGCCGCCCUUGUCACAGAGUAGCUGCCCUUGUCACAGAGUAGCUGCCAUUGUCACAGAGUUGCCGCCCUUGUCUAAGAGUAGCUGCCCUUGUCUAAGAGUAGCUGCCCUUGUCACAGAGUAGCCGCCCUUGUCUCAGAGUAGCAGCCCUUGUCUAAGAGUAGCUGCCCUUGUCACAGAGUAGCCGCCCUUGUCACAGAGUAGCCGCCCUUGUCACAGAGUAGCAGCCCUUGUCACAGAGUAGCAGUCCUUGGUGAAGGAGUUGUAGCUAUUGUGUAUAGUGUUGAGGCCCUUGUUCAUAUUUUCUAUCUGUUCAGAUUCAGACCUCAAAAAGCCUAUAUAUUUUUAUUAUAUCAUGUUUUGUUGAUAUGCUAUGUCAAAACACGCCC